AUGAGAACGCAAGGAAAAACAACCAACUCUUCAGCGGUGGGAUUUGAUCAUGUCUAUUUCGACGAGGAGGAUGAUUCCCCUGCUCAGGAACACACACUCUCGCAGCGAGAUUUCACGAAUGCUAUACGGCAAGCGGUGACUGCAAAGGAGCCCUACCGUUCAUUCAACGUCUUCAAAGAUGUAGCACUCGGUACAAAUGCCUUCAGCUUUUGCCUUCAAGUUCACCCUUCUGGGGGACUUGCUCAAUCUCCAAGCCCAGUAUAUCACACCUUGCGCAUUCCUUGGUACCGCCAAGGCCUCUAUCUGCCAGCUUCGUUUGAUCUUUACUCUGGUGGCAAUGUCGUGCGCAGCCGGAAGGACCCGUCUCCCGAGCCUCAAGACCACCGCGCGCACAUUCACUACCGUGGCUUUGAGGGUCUGCUAAGUCUCCAUGUGACGGUAGACAUCUUCCGCCGAGUAGAUUCUAAUGCCCUCCAAAAUGGGCUUUCGAGCUCUGGGGAAAAUUCCCCGGAUCUUGUUAAGCACUGCUCGGUGGACAUUGUUCGGAAGGGAAUUGGUAGGACUUACCGUGUUGGGAUUACUGGUGGCGAAGCUGUCAAAACAUUCUACUGGAAAGGGUCCAAAACUGCGUUGACUCUCCUUGGAACUGAAGGGAAGAGCGCGGGUUCUAGUGAUGGGAACGGCAACCUCAAGUUCUUUUCUGCGGAAAAACCAGAUGAUAUUCUAGCUGUGUGGCAGAAUAGAACUGAUCGACAAAUUCUGGGUUCUUUGAACGUUCUCGCUGAGCUUGAUGCUGAUUCGGAUGGGGUUCUUGAAGGCUUGAUGGUGAGUUGCCUGGCAGUGGUUAUUGCAGAAAGGGUUUCCGGGCGAGGGUGGAUAGGUGGCCUGGGGAAGUCAAGAAGCUCUUAA